GUCCCAGGGCCUUCCAAAUCAUCAUGCAUGGUUGAAGUGAGAAAAGCUGAAGUGUCAUCGUGGCUUUAGUGAGAAAAAGAUACUUAUUUUCUUCUUCUAGAGAGACAACGUAGUCCACAAUUUCAGAGCAGGGAAGAUCUGGGUCCUCAUCUGCACUGCUUUGCUGGCAAGAGGGAUUGACUUCAAAGGGGUGAAUAUGGUUAUCAAUUUUGACUUCCCAAGCAGUGCCGUGGAAUACAUCCACCGGAUAGGUCGCACGGGGAGAGCAGGUCACUCAGGCAAAGCCGUUACUUUCUUCACAGAAGACGACAAGCCAUUACUGCGAAGUAUAGCCAGCGUUAUUGAGCGGGCGGGCUGUCCUGUGCCGGAUUACAUCAAGCAUUUCCGCAAGCUGCAAAGCAAACAAAAGAAGAAGCUGAUCAAGAAGCCGCUGGAAAGGGAACACAUCGUUACGUCUCCUCAGUACUUGAAGAGGAUAGCCAAGAGGAAAAAGUUAACUGCCAAGAAAAAAGUGAAGAAGGAUGCAAAAAACAGCAAUUCUAAGGCAGAGGCUGUUCCAGAAAAUUGAUUCUCAUAUCUUGAAUGCACAGUCAACAUGGACAAGGUUUCUGCCGUAUUUGCAGGACUGGGGGAUCUGAGCCACAUAAGCUGCUGAUGGACAAACAAGGCCUCUCUUGUCUAUUUUGGCUGCAGUUUUAACUGUGACCACAGCAAUCUGAAACCAGACCUGGUUUGCAAUGGUUGUGUGGGAAGGAGACCAUCUCCUAAGUGCGACGUUUUGCUAGGCUCAUGUUCUAAAAGAGGACAAGUGUCAUAACUUGAAGCAUCUUGUAGAUUUUUUGUGGAGGGGGAGUAGCUGAGAGGGUGUGUUGCCCAGAGCCGAGCCCAUUGUCCAUUCAAUGAUCAUGUGCUUUAUAAAGAUUCAUGUUUUUAUUAUGCAAGCAUUGGAUCAUUGUGGUUUGGGAUCUGAAGUCUGUACUCUUCCCAAUAAAAUGAACCCAAAUGGUUUCAUCA